AUGAAUGAUGCGGCCUUAUACAUCAUGAAGCAAGGAGGAGAUGUGUUGAUCGCAAGUCUAUAUGUAAAUGAUAUAAUCAUCACAGGAAGCAACAUUCACAGCAUCAACACAUUCAAGAAGAACAUGAUGAAAGAAUUCAAGAUGGUGGAUCUUGGAUUGUUGAACUACUUUCUUGGAAUGGAAAUAAUUCAAGACGAUGGAGGUAUAUUUCUUUCACAAGAAAAGUAUGCAAACAAACUUGUAGGCAAAUUUGGGAUGCGAGACAGCAAGAGUGUAAGCAAUCCACUUAUACCACAAGGGAAAGGAGUUGAGGAUGACAAGGAGUAUGGAGAUCCGACAAAGUAUAUAAGCAUCGUUGGAGGGCUUUUGUACUUGUGUGCAUCAAGACCUGAUGUGAUGUAUGCAAGCGCCUAUCUCUCAAGAUACAUGUCAACAUCUCGCAUGAAGCACUACCAAGAAGCGAAAAGGGUGUUAAGAUAUGUCAAAGGAACAUCAAGCUUUGGAGUGUACUUCACAAGCGUGAAAGAACCAAGACUUGUAGGCUACACGGACAGCGAUUGGGGUGGUUCUAAGGAAGACAAGAAAAUCUCUUCAGGUUAUGUGUUUACCCUUGGUUCAGCCAUGUUUUGUUGGCAAUCAAGCAAGCAACAAACAGUGGCGCAAUCAACGGCUGAGGCGGAGUACAUAGCCGUGUGUGCAGCAGCAAAUCAAGCCGUGUGGUUACAAAGACUAUUCAAAGAUUUUGGUCAGAAGUUUGAAGGAGGCAUUCCGAUCUUAUGUGACAACAAAUCAGCAAUAGCAAUUGGGAGAAUCCGAUGCAACACAGAAGAACGAAGCACAUAG